CUGCCCUUUGGGGUGGAGCCAAUGACUGACCUGCAAGCAUCGAAACAGAGGUACAAUGUAUCCCCCUCUUCUAUUCACCCCCCUCCCGCCCAGGAAAAUUAAAAUCUGCUAUACAUACUGUAGAUCCCUAUGAAUCCAUCCCUGUUCAUUGUGGAAGGUGCAUGAUAUCAUCUGGGAGCUGCCUGGACGCCAUGGAGCACAUCCGAAUGCCCAAGGUGGAAAAUGUCCGCUUCAUUGAUCGUAUAUCUUCCAGGAAAGCUGCACUGGGGACUCUGUAUUUAACAGCUACUCAUGUUAUUUUUGUGGAAAAUGUGUCUGAAACUCAUAAAGAAACUUGGAUUCUUCACAGCCAGAUUUCCUCCAUUGAGAAACAGGCCACAACUGUUACUGGCUGCCCUUUGCUGAUUCGCUGCAAGAACUUCCAGAUCAUCCAGCUUAUCAUACCUCAGGAAAGAGAUUGCCAUGAUGUUUACAUAUCUUUAAUACGUCUGGCACGGCCAGUGAAAUAUGAAGAGCUCUACUGCUUCUCAUUCAACCCAAAGUUAGAUAAAGAAGAGCGAGAACAAGGAUGGAAGCUUGUGGGCCUCAAUGAAGAAUAUAAUCGGAUGGGUGUUCCAAAUAACUACUGGCAAAUCAGUGAUGUAAACAGAGACUACCAAGUCUGUGAUUCAUACCCUACUGAAGUGUACGUACCAAAAUCUGCAACUGCACACAUCAUUGUGGGGAGCUCUAAAUUCCGGAGCAGAAGACGUUUCCCAGCCCUUUCCUACUACUGUAAGGAUAAUAAUGCCUCAAUCUGCAGGAGCAGCCAGCCCUUGUCUGGUUUCAGUGCUCGGUGCCUUGAGGAUGAACAGAUGCUACAGGCCAUCAGAAAGGCAAACCCAGGAAGCAAUUUCAUAUAUGUUGUUGACACUCGGCCUAAAAUCAAUGCAAUGGCAAACAGAGCAGCGGGGAAAGGAUAUGAGAAUGAAGACAAUUACUCCAACAUCAAGUUUCAGUUCAUUGGUAUUGAGAACAUCCAUGUAAUGAGGAGCAGUCUGCAAAAAAUGCUAGAAGUUUGUGAGCUGAAAUCCCCUUCUAUGAGUGACUUCCUCUGGGGCCUGGAGAAUUCUGGCUGGCUAAAACACAUCAAAGCCAUCAUGGAUGCGGGCAUCUUCAUUGCAAAGGCUGUGGCAGAGGAAGGUGUGAGUGUUCUUGUUCAUUGCUCAGAUGGCUGGGACAGAACAGCUCAGGUUUGCUCUGUAGCAAGCCUUCUAUUAGAUCCAUUUUACCGAACUAUAAAGGGCUUUAUGGUAUUAAUUGAAAAAGAUUGGGUUUCCUUUGGGCACAAAUUUAAUCACAGGUAUGGCUAUUUAGAUGGAGAUCCAAAAGAGAUAUCCCCAGUUAUUGAUCAGUUCAUCGAGUGCGUUUGGCAGCUCAUGGAACAGUUUCCCUGUGCCUUUGAGUUCAAUGAAAGAUUCUUGAUCCACAUACAACAUCAUAUCUAUUCCUGCCAGUUUGGUAACUUUCUAUGUAACGGCCAGAAGGAGAGGCGAGAGCUGAAAAUUCAAGAACGAACAUAUUCGCUUUGGGCGCAUUUGUGGAAGAAUCGUGCAAAUUACAUGAAUCCUCUGUAUAGAGAAGACCACAGUCAGACCCAGGGGACACUGCUUCCACAGACAGCUCCCUGCAAUUUCUUGUACAAGUUCUGGAGUGGUAUGUAUACCCGCUUUGAAAAGGGGAUGCAUCCCCGGCUCGUUACCGAUUACCUGAUGGCAGUGAAAGAAGAAACUCAGCAGUUAGAGGAAGAGCUGGAAGUCUUAGAACAGAGAUUGGCAGAUCUCAAAGAAGUGCAGUUAAACAACAGAAAAGAAAACUCUAAGCAACAAGACCACAACACACAUUUAGGGCUUUCUACCUCUAAUAACAGCAUAGCUAACACACCCCAGGAUUACAUUAAUAAUGUGAAAUCAUUCCCAUCACGGAGCCCUUCACAAGGAGACGAAGAAGACUCAGCCCUGAUUCUGACUCAGGACAACCUGAAAAGCUCUGAUCCUGACCUCUCAGCCAACAGUGAUCAGGAGUCAGGUGUGGAAGAUUUGGGCUGCAGGUCCCCAAGCGGUGGUUGUUGCCUGCCUAGUGAAGACAGUGGCAAAGACUCAGAUGAAGCUGUGUUUCACACUCUCUGAAAUGGCAUCUUUCAUCAGAUGAAGAACAGGUACUGUCCUUGAACAUUUAAAAAAAUUCCAAAGAAAAGGAGCUGUACAAUUGUGUAUGUAAAGGACCAGACAGAACCACCACUUAUUACAGCUAAUAAGCCACAAUGGUAAUGAAAGGUAAUCUCUGCUAUUAUGAAACAUUUAUUUAAGCCCCUUGUGGUUGCUUCUUUAACCUUAUCAGAGCCAUAAAGAAUUAUUCAUUUAUUUUGCUUUCCAAAUGUUAUUUUAUAUUUCCAUAAUUAUGCCUACUGUACAUAACUGUGUUUUUGUUGAGUAUUUUGCCUUGAAGGUAGUUGUGUACAUUGUGGAAAUAUUGAGUUUGUUUCUUAAAAUUUUCAAAUUUAACAAUUUUGUGAAAAAAUGUCUAUUAAAACCCUUUCAAAAAAGAUA